GUUUGUGUACUGAAGAGGUGAAUGGUAAGUAGGUGGGCAAGGUUAGAGUGUUUUUUUGCAGAGGACGGCCAGCCAGCCAGACUCUGCUCUCUCCACCAUGGAGUUAUCACGGGCUGCUCUGCUGCUAUUCUGUCUCAUCUGUUCAGCGAGUGGUCAGCCAGUGGUCACGUUAGAACCCCGCUCCAUCACCGUGCGGCAAGGCGAGGCAGCCAGCUUCAGGUGUCAAGUCCAGGGCCCCGCCUCAUCUGUCCAGCUGGAAUGGAAAAGAGGAAAUAACCAGCCACUGCAAGAUAACGUAAAAAUAAGUUCAAAUGGUUCGCUGCUGACCGUUACCAAUGCACGACCCGGAAACAAUGCGCAGUACCACUGCGUGGCCACCACCCCGGCGGGUCGCAAAUCCGUCACGGCCGCUCUGCAUGUCAGAUACCCACCUAAAGUGAGUGUUGCACCAAGCGGGCCGAUACGAGUCCGGAUGGGGGAACAGCUGUCGGUCCAGUGCCAAGCAACCGGGAAGCCCAAACCCAAACUGAGCUGGAGGCGGCAGGGAUCCACCCUGCAGCUGGUCACUGAGGAAGUCGAUGGUGUCAACACUAUAAAGUGGCCGGUGCUACGGUCAGAAGACUCGGGAGUGUAUAUUUGCCAAGCUACAAACACCGAAGGAGUGUCAGAGGUCAAGGUUGAGAUCACAGCCCAGGGUGCCCCUGGAGCUCCGCUAGCAUCGGUGAGCCCCACGGAGCUGACUGCAGUGGAAGGACACACGGUCGUCUUGCGCUGCCAGGCCACUGGUUCACCUGCUCCCAUCAUCACCUGGUCAAAGCUGAGGGCUCCUCUGCCUUGGAAGCACACAGUAGAUGGCGGUGUUCUGACACUGACCAGUGUGGGGCGCCAGGAUUCAGGCCAAUACAUCUGUAAUGCCACCAACAGACAUGGGUACAGCGAGGCUUACACGCAAAUGGAGGUGGAGUCUCCGCCUUACACCACCAUCCUGCCAGAGCAGGUCAGGCUCCGGCCUGGAGAUGCCCUGCAACUGCAGUGUCUGGCUCAUGGUUCUCCCCCCAUCCGCUACGAGUGGAGCAGACAAGGAGGAGGAGGCAUGCCAGCAGGGAGUGACGCCAAGAAGGAUGGGAAGCUGAACAUCUCACAGGUCAGACUUGGAGACGGUGGCACAUACAAGUGCGUGGCCACCAAUCACAUCGGCUCCAGUGAGGCGGUGGCCAGAGUCAUCGUGAGAGCUUGAAGCUACGGUGGAGUGUAGCGACUGGAAUGAUGCUGAACCACAUAAUACGUGCCCAUCUUUCAACAGCAGAAUUUAGAACUUCCUUUCUUCUCACAGAUAUACAUCAAGCAAAUGUUAGAUUUUUCUGAUUUCUUAGAUUUGUCUGCAAUGGAUCAAGCACUGUUGCAUCUUCUCCAACAAUUGUUCUAACAUAAUUCUAUUAUUUGUCUUCAUAGUGCAGAAAACUGUAACAUUUCAAAUAAUUCUCCUUGUGAUUCAACUGCCACAAUAAACUGCUGAUCCAUGG